AUGAAACUAGGAUCCUUCUUUACUCCUAAAAAUAUUUGUGCAGCCGGAGGGCUAUUAUUCUCAACGUAUUUUUAUAAUAAAUAUCCAGCUUAUGCGGCCAGUUUUGGGUAUUUGAAAUCAGGAGCAACUGUAAAACCCCACCCAGAUAAGGAGUAUAAAGGUGGCGAAGAUGCAUUAGUGAUCAAAGAGAGAAUGAUCUCAGUUGAAGAUGGAGUUGGAGGAUGGACAGAAGCAGGAUAUGAUGUAGCCAAAUAUUCUAAACAGCUGAUGGGACUUAUCAGUGGUACUUAUGAUGAAAAUCCACACUUUACACCAAAAGAAAUCCUUACUGAAGCUGCAAAACACACAACUGAAAUUGGAUCUACUACUGCUGUGAUUGCAAUUCUUGAUGCUGAUGAAAGAACUCUUGCAACAACAAAUCUUGGAGAUUCUUCUUAUCUUCUUCUAAGACACAACACGCAUGAAUAUCCAAGAGGAAAUUGGCUAAAAAUGUAUAGAAGCCUUGAACAACAGCAUUACUUUGAUUGUCCAUACCAAGUUGGGACUCAUGGAGAUCACCCAUACAAGGCAAAUGAUGAGGUUCACUCAGUAGUUCACAACGAUAUAAUUGUUAUGGCCACAGACGGAGUAUGGGAUAAUACAUUUGACGAAGAAGUUAUCAAAGUGAUCGAAGACAGCACUACUGAAACAGGAAACUUAGAAGACCCCCAAAAAGCUAGCCAAAAAAUAGCUGAAAUAGCAUUUGAACACUCUCAUGAUGAAAACUAUGAAUCUCCAUUCCAAGUGAGUUCUGCAGCAUCUGAUAAAGAGACAAGAUAUGGAGGUAAGAAGGAUGAUAUCACUGUGAUAGUUUCUCAAAUAAAACUUGAAUAG